AUGGGGAGCUCGCUGUCAACCAACCGAUUCCCUGUACAAGGAAGAACUGUCCUCAUUACAGGAGCCUCCCGUGGAACUGGCCUCGAAGCCGCGAGGCAACUGGCCGCGAAAGGGGCCAAUGUCAUGAUAGUGGCUCGAGACGCGAAAAGGCUCCGCGAGGGAGUUGCUUCUUUAAGAGAAGCAGCGGUGUGUCCAGAAACACAGCGGUUUCAUUUCAUCCCCGCCGAUUUGACGGAUGCCGAGACCUGCAUCCACGUGAUGUCGCAGGCAACAGAGUGGAACUCCGGGCAGCCACCAGACGUUGUGUGGUCUCUUGUUGGUUCAGCAUACCCGCAUCUGUUUGUCGAGACCGACAUUUCCCGACUUAGAGAUGAGUUGACCACCAACUACUUUGCAAACGCAUUCAUGGCCCACGCAGCUUUGAAGACGUGGCUAAGAGAGCCGAACGAACCGGCAGGAGACGCUCAGACAAUGAGACGGAAGGACGCUGCCCCAAGACAUCUCGUCUUCACUUCCUCCUUCCAAGCUCUGUACAGCAUGGUUGGGUACACAUCUUACGGGCCCGCCAAGACCGCUCUCCGAUCUCUUUCCGAUUCCCUAUCCCAGGAGCUCCACCUGUACGCCGCAGCGAACCCGUCAUGGAGGCCAAUCCGGGUUCACACUAUCUUCCCAAGCACUAUCUUCGGCGAGUCUUACGAAGCCGAGAACUUGGUCAAACCCGAUGUUAAUAAGAUGCUGGAGGAGACCGACCCUGGUCAGACUGCCGAGGUCGUGGCUAGGAAGAGCAUACAGGGCCUCGAGAGUGGCCAUGAGCUAAUCACAUGUGACAUCCUCGCGAGGUUUGUUCUGUCAACCGUGUUUGGAACUAGCAAGCGGGGUGGCUUCUUCCGUACACUGGCGGACUGGGCCAUGGGCUGCCUGGGUCUACUCAUUUUGAUCUUUGUUAGGUGGGACAUGGAUCGAAAGGUUCGGAACUUUGGCAGGCGCCAUGGCCACUUGGGCGCGAAGCGUCAAACCGAGUGA